CAAGCAGAACAACUCAGAGUCUCCAAUAAAACGCCCAGUACCUAGAGCCCGAGCGCUUGUGCCGGGCUGCGAGGGGCGCGGGAGGCGGGGAUGGGGGGGCGGGCGGGGGGGACAAUGAUCGCAUGAAGUUACCUGCCCGGCGGCGGCGGUAGCGGCGGCGGCGGGACCAAGAGGCGGCGGUGGAGCAGGCUGCGCGCUCGGCGCCGACGGGUGCGCGCCGCGGCUUGGGGGAGAGUUGAGCGCUUUUCCCCCCUCUUUUUUUUUUUUUUUUUUCCUCUUCUUCUUAAACAAACCACAAACGGAUGUGAGGGAAGGAAGGUGUUUCUUUUACUCCUGAGCCCAGACACCUCACUCUGUUCCGUCUAAGCUUGUUUUGCUGAACACUUUUUUUUAAAAAAGGAAAAAGAAAAGGAGUUGCUUGAUGUGAGAGUGAAAUGGACGUAAGAUUUUAUCCACCUCCAGCCCAGCCCGCCGCUGCGCCCGACGCUCCCUGUCUGGGACCUUCUCCCUGCCUGGACCCCUACUAUUGCAACAAGUUUGACGGUGAGAACAUGUAUAUGAGCAUGACAGAGCCGAGCCAGGACUAUGUGCCAGCCAGCCAGUCCUACCCUGGUCCGAGCCUGGAAAGUGAAGACUUCAACAUUCCACCAAUUACUCCUCCUUCCCUCCCAGACCACUCGCUGGUGCACCUGAAUGAAGUUGAGUCUGGUUACCAUUCUCUGUGUCACCCCAUGAACCAUAAUGGCCUGCUACCAUUUCAUCCACAAAACAUGGACCUCCCUGAAAUCACAGUCUCCAAUAUGCUGGGCCAGGAUGGAACACUGCUUUCUAAUUCCAUUUCUGUGAUGCCAGAUAUACGAAACCCAGAAGGAACUCAGUACAGUUCCCAUCCUCAGAUGGCAGCCAUGAGACCAAGGGGCCAGCCUGCAGACAUCAGGCAGCAGCCAGGAAUGAUGCCACAUGGCCAGCUGACUACCAUUAACCAGUCACAGCUAAGUGCUCAACUUGGUUUGAAUAUGGGAGGAAGCAAUGUUCCCCACAACUCACCAUCUCCACCUGGAAGCAAGUCUGCAACUCCUUCACCAUCCAGUUCAGUGCAUGAAGAUGAAGGCGAUGAUACCUCUAAGAUCAAUGGUGGAGAGAAGCGGCCUGCCUCUGAUAUGGGGAAAAAACCAAAAACUCCCAAAAAGAAGAAGAAGAAGGAUCCCAAUGAGCCCCAGAAGCCUGUGUCUGCCUAUGCGUUAUUCUUUCGUGAUACUCAGGCCGCCAUCAAGGGCCAAAAUCCAAACGCUACCUUUGGUGAAGUCUCUAAAAUUGUGGCUUCAAUGUGGGACGGUUUAGGAGAAGAGCAAAAACAGGUCUAUAAAAAGAAAACCGAGGCUGCGAAGAAGGAGUACCUGAAGCAACUCGCAGCAUACAGAGCCAGCCUUGUAUCCAAGAGCUACAGUGAACCUGUUGACGUGAAGACAUCUCAACCUCCUCAGCUGAUCAAUUCGAAGCCGUCGGUGUUCCAUGGGCCCAGCCAGGCCCACUCGGCCCUGUACCUAAGUUCCCACUAUCACCAACAACCGGGAAUGAAUCCUCACCUAACUGCCAUGCAUCCUAGUCUCCCCAGGAACAUAGCCCCCAAGCCGAAUAACCAAAUGCCAGUGACUGUCUCUAUAGCAAACAUGGCUGUGUCCCCUCCUCCUCCCCUCCAGAUCAGCCCGCCUCUUCACCAGCAUCUCAACAUGCAGCAGCACCAGCCGCUCACCAUGCAGCAGCCCCUUGGGAACCAGCUCCCCAUGCAGGUCCAGUCUGCCUUACACUCACCCACCAUGCAGCAAGGAUUUACUCUUCAACCCGACUAUCAGACUAUUAUCAAUCCUACAUCUACAGCUGCACAAGUUGUCACCCAGGCAAUGGAGUAUGUGCGUUCGGGGUGCAGAAAUCCUCCCCCACAGCCGGUGGACUGGAAUAACGACUACUGCAGUAGUGGGGGCAUGCAGAGGGACAAAGCACUGUACCUUACUUGAGAAUCUGAACACCUCUUCUUUCCACUGAGGAAUUCAGGGAAGUGUUUUCACCAUGGAUUGCUUUGUACAGUCAAGGCAGUUCUCCAUUUUAUUAGAAAAUACAAGUUGCUAAGCACUUAGGACCAUUUGAGCUUGUGGGUCACCCACUCUGGAAGAAAUAGUCAUGCUUCUUUAUUAUUUUUUUAAUCCUUUAUGGACAUUGUUUUUCUUCUUCCCUGAAGGAAAUUUGGACCAUUCAGAUUUUAUGUUGGUUUUUUGCUGUGAAGUGCUGCGCUCUAGUAACUGCCUUAGCAACUGUAGAUGUCUCGGAUAAAAGUCCUGGAUUUUCCAUUGGUUUUCAUAAUGGGUGUUUAUAUGAAACUACUAAAGACUUUUUAAAUGGCUUGAUGUAGCAGUCAUAGCAAGUUUGUAAAUAGCAUCUAUGUUACACUCUCCUAGAGUAUAAAAUGUGAAUGUUUUUGUAGCUAAAUUGUAAUUGAAACUGGCUCAUUCCAGUUUAUUGAUUUCACAAUAGGGGUUAAAUUGGCAAACAUUCAUAUUUUUACUUCAUUUUUAAAACAACUGACUAAUAGUUCUAUAUUUUCAAAAUAUUUGAAAAUAAAAAGUAUUCCCAAGUGAUUUUAAUUUAAAAACAAAUUGGCUUUGUCUCAUUGAUCAGACAAAAAGAAACUAGUAUUAAGGGAAGCGCAAACACAUUUAUUUUGUACUGCAGAAAAAUUGCUUUUUUUGUAUCACUUUUUGUGUAAUGGUUAGUAAAUGUCAUUUAAGUCCUUUUAUGUAUAAAACUGCCAAAUGCUUACCUGGUAUUUUAUUAGAUGCAGAAACAGAUUGGAAACAGCUAAAUUAUAACUUUUACAUAUGGCUCUGUCUUAUUGUUUCUUCAUACUGUGUCUGUAUUUAAUCUUUUUUUAUGGAACCUGUUGCGCCUAUUUAUGAAAUAAUAAAUAUAGGUGUUUGUAAGUAAAUUUGUUAGUAUUUGAAAGAGGUUUCUUUGAUGUUUUAACUUUUGCUGGCAAAAAAAAAAAAUUCACGCUUGGUGUGAAUACUUUAUUAUUUAGUUUUUACAGUAACAUGAAUAAAGCCAAACCUGCUUUUCAUUUAGCAGCAAAUUAAAG